AUGGAAACAUAUUACGGCCACGUCCGCACUCCUGCGGACGCCAUCAUCCUCUUCGAAGCAUGUCGCAUCGGUCUUCUUCCUCGCGUCCAGCGUCGACUCUCCGAAAAAGAACGUCAAUCCAUCAGAUCCGGCUCAGUUUUUGUGUGGGAUGAGCGCGAGGCAGGCAUGCGACGAUGGACAGAUGGAAAAUCAUGGAGCGCAAGUCGUGUCUCCGGCAGUUUCCUGACAUAUCGUGAAAUGGAAGGCAAGCGGGGAGGUGGAAGUAGCAGUGUCGCACAGUCCGCCGUCUCCAGAGCAGGAAAAACACCAGAAAGCACACGAGGAAGCGAUGACGAUCGGGGGGAAGGCCCCGAUGAAGGUCCUGAUGGCUAUCGAUAUAAACCCGACGGUUUGAUGAAACAGUCCUUCAGCAUCACCACCUCCGCUGGCCAACACCUCCAUCUCAUCAGCUACUACUCCCGAUCACAUCCUGCCGCCGCCAACCUUCAACAACCAUCGACAGAUCCCGCCCUGCGACAUGUCCGACCACAAAAGGGUCUCUACCCUGAAUCGACCGUCAAUGACCAACAGAACUUGCCCGUCGUCACAAGAGGCCCUAUGCCCGGUGCGGCAUAUACGAUCUCUCCACAUCCCAUGGGCGGGUAUCCGCGUCAUGGCGCUAGCCAUCCGCAGUCAUAUACUCCGCCAUAUGCAUGGCCCCCAACACCCAUGGGCACGCCCCCGGCUAUGCCUGUCGCUUAUGGUCCUGGUCCCUCGUAUCUUCCUCCAGUAACAACUGCCAAUGGUCAUGUAGCAUAUGCACAGCCACACCACUCGUUACCGCCGCCACCGUCAACACAGCCUGGUCUUCCUCAUCAAUACGAACGGCCCGUCCACCAUCAUCCGCCUCCUCAUCACCAAAUCGAAAGCACGCUGCCUAACGUGCCAGUAACCGGACCGCCCUCCAUGUCUGCCUUUCCCGGUCGUUCUCCUCGAUUAGUCGACGAUGCACAUCAACGCAGCCCUCCGGGGUACGGAGCUGUCACGAAUGUCUCUCCCCGGCUCCAGUCGCAGCACGCCCCACAGCACGGUCUAGCACCAAGACCCGCGAGUCCGCGGUUACUGAAGCAGCCCCCGACAGCACUACCCCUAGCCAGUCCAAACCCACCACCAAGAACAGCAGAAGCAAGCACGGGUACCACAGUACCCAGCAUCGAAGCCCUGGUCAACGGCGCCCCUCCGGGCCCCUUGCCCGCCAUCACACCUGCAUCGGGGAGCCCUCACGGAGCUGGUCUCCGCGCCGAAGGGCCACGGGAUAUCCCCAGCGAAAAGAUUGGUUUUGGAGGAGAGGACAUGCGUGCACUGCGGCAGUUGGAUCGGGUGUUCACCGCCUAA